GACCACCACACACCUUCAAGAGGGGUGCGCACGAGGGAGGAUCACGAGGCAAAAGUUUUUCGACUCUUCCCCUCUCCCGUCCUCAUACCCGUCUCCAUCUCCAAUACCGACCUAGACGAGGCUGCGACUCCUUCCCCUUUGAACCUUUACGACAACAAGCAAGAUGGGUGCGAGCGUGUCAUGGCUCUCCGGUCUUCUCUGGGCCAAAAAGGAAAUCAGAAUACUGAUUCUUGGUCUGGACAAUGCUGGCAAAACCACGUUACUAUAUAGGUUGAAGAUUGGCGAAGUAGUCACGACCAUUCCGACGAUAGGCUUCAAUGUCGAGUCAGUAACGUACAAGAACCUCAACUUCAACGUUUGGGACCUAGGUGGCCAAACCUCCAUCCGCCCAUACUGGCGCUGCUACUAUGCCAACACAGCUGCCGUCAUCUUCGUCGUCGACUCGACCGACAUUGAGCGUCUGCAAACCGCAGCCGACGAAUUGGCAGCCAUGCUCAACGAGGAGGAACUCAAGGAAGCUUCCCUGCUCGUGUUUGCGAACAAACAGGAUCAACCGGGGGCCAAGGGAGCCGGUGACAUCUCCGAAGCCCUGCGCCUGGGCGAGUUGCGCGACCGAAACUGGAGCAUCAUGGCUUGCUCUGCAGUUGACGGGAGUGGUGUGAACGAAGGAAUGGACUGGCUUGUCCAAACCGUGAACCAAGAUUCGUAAUGACAUAUUCGAAUCCAUAUUGUACAAUAACAACAACAGCAACAACAGUAACAACAACCGAUCGCUUUCGGAAAAUUCUACCCCCCCUGAACUUUUGCGGGAGAAGCCCUGAACCCGCAAGUCCGGAUAGUGCUACAAACUUGCUUCUGGUUGGGGCAGAGAGUGUGGGAGACAUAUGGGGACAAAUCGGUCUGUCUUGGAGAGAGCAUUGGCGUUUCAGGGGAAGGAGGGAAGAGGCUCGUCCACCAC